AUGCUCCAACAACACGGGAUAGCUUUUCAAAUGUCAGCAGACAAACAGAAGACACCAACCACAUCAUCAAAUCCGAACCAAUCGCCAGUUAUAAAUAAUUUCGAUGAGAAACAUCGGAAACAAGGCAUCGACGCAGCGUGCGCGCUCGCAGCACAAUAUCGGAGUCGGAUUACUACUGGCGGCUCUUUGGUUGAUGCGGCGAGAGAACUCAGCAGAUAUGUUCGGAAUGACCUGAAAGACGAGCCUGUGAUAUUCGCAGAAGCAUUUAUCAAUGCAUUAGAUGGCCGAACAGAUGGACCAUCUCAGAGUGUAGUCUAUCAAUGCAUGAAAUCGACAGGGAUCCUUCAAAAACGAGCAGGAAUCUAUCUGAUUGUUUGUCUUGCUGAAACUCACUCCUCAAACGUCAUCAGAUAUGCGAAUUAUCUUCUAAAAAUGCUGAAUGGGGGCGGAAUAGAUGAGCAAACUAUUCAGUUGGCUUCUAAAGCACUGGCCUUUUUGAUUACGACAUGCAAAACGUACGCCGCCGAACUAGUUGAUCGAUGUCUGGAUCAUUGCCAGGAAUGGCUUCACCACGUGCCCAGUUACCAGCCACCUGUGCAGAAUCAGAAGGACUUGACACUAAUCGAACAACGCCGACUUGCCUCUGCUCAUCUGUCUCGGGAGAUAGCACUCGCCACUCCAACUGCCUUUUUCCUUCGUGUUAAUCUAUUUUUCAAGUAUAUCUUCUUUGCUAUCAAAGAUAAGCAAGUGCUGGUUCGUCUUGCUGGAAUCGACGCGUUGCAUACAGUACUGACGAUUGUUCACAACGAGAACGAGGCUCUGACGGCGAAUACGAAUCAUCAAUCGUCGGAUAUUCAUGACAAAUGGCACUCGGUCGCAUUGAUUCUGAAUGAACUGUUGCGCAUAUCAGACUCAAGAUUCGAGAUGGUUCGAUGUGAAUCUUCGAAUUUCGUUAAACAGAAAUAUCUGAGAGAAGACGAAGACGAUGGUGUAGAAUGGCUGUGUCUAUCGAAACAACCAGUCAUUGUAGAAAGUGUCACAUCGCGAAAAUUGGUUGUUGAGAAUUUCUCAAAAGUAAUAAUAAUUGAUUGUGUCCGGCAAAUGAUUCCUCUUGCAAAUAAGGUUCAAAACAAACAGAUGCCUGGCAUUCACCUGAAUACGGUUCUCAUGCAACUUCUCCCUAGAAUCUGUGCGUUUCCACAGUCAGAUCGCACUUUCCAGACACUCGCGUAUGAUACUGCAUUCCAUGUCCUUCAAAAAAACUCCAUUGGUGCUCCAGCACUCGGCAUGAUGAUGCUUCAUAACCCAGAUGUACAUUCGAAUCGAAUCGAGGCAACUAUCAAUUUCAUUUCCGCCGAAAUAAAGAAAGUUACGACAUCUUCUGACGCUCUCGACAGUUUCUUCACCUUCCUCUUUCUCUUCGUCGAUUCUUAUCAUGAGAAAGUCACUGCUCAGAUCAAAGCCAUCAUUCCCCAACUCAUGGAUAUUCCACUAUCCCGAUCAUUGGCAAAUGUUCUCAAAAUGAUCAUGAUGCGAAUUCCGAAACUCAGGUUGAACGUACAAGACGGUGUCAUGGCUUCCGUAUAUCACACACUUACUGGACUUCCAAUUCCACCGAAAUCAGAACCAACUGGACGACCACCAAGUCCUAAGCUCAUCUUGCAGAGAGCGAUAGAGGAGCCAAAAGAGCUUCAACGCAUUGUUCUUGCUGUCGAUGUUCUCGGAGAGUUUUAUUUCUCAAGAGGAGCUCUGCAGAGAAUUAUGCAGUAUGUGGCAGAUUACUAUCUGACUGCGGACAACGUGGAAAUUCGGCUUGCCGCUGUUUCUUCGUGCUGUGAAAUGGUUGUUCCGUUCGUUGGAGUCUACAAGAAAGUUACAACUGACAAGAGAAACAGUCUCCUUCAAACGAUUUAUGGAGUUCUCCGUGCUGUGUGUUCUGUAAUUGUGAACGAUCCAGAUGUUCGUGUUCGAAUGCAAGUCAUCAGUUGCUUCGGGCAAAUGCCCCGGCCGUUCCUCGCUCAUCUCGCUCAACCAGAAAUGCUUGAAGUUCAAUUCAUGGCUCUGCACGAUGAGAAGCUCGAAAUGCAACAGGCUUGUGUCACACUUCUCGGGCGUCUUGCAGAAUUGAAUCCUGCAUUGGUUUUGCCACGUCUUCGCUUGAUGCUUCUGGAAACGCUGAGUCAAAUGAUGCAGAGUGGACAGGCGAGAUUGGAGCAGCACUCAGCGAAAAUGAUUGCGCAGUUGGCUAAACAAAGUCCGAAGUUUAUGAGACCAUAUGUGGGAUCCCUUAUGGUAGCAUUGAUUCCAAAGAUGAGAAAUGAUCAAAAGUACGCCGAAGUGACAGCUCAAGUUCUACAUGCAAUCAGUGAGAUUUCGGUGAUUGGUGGAGCAGAAAUAGUCAAGAAUCUGAAGCCGUUGUUUGAAAAACUGACACAUAUGAUCAAUGAUUCGAGUAACCUUCAUAAAAGAGAGGUAAGCCUGUUUCUGUUGAUGUCCUGCAUAGCUGCUCUCCGAGCAAUUGGUGGAAUAUGUAGAUCAACUGCCUACGUGGUAGACCCGUAUCGAGACUAUCCGACACUUCUGGAUGACCUACUUCGGAUUCUGAAGACAGUAAUGUCGAACACAAUGCGUAGAGAAGUUAUCAAGACUCUUGGUAUCCUUGGAGCCAUCGAUCCAUACACCCAUAAAGUUUUCACUGGAUCCGUACAAAGCGCAACCGCUAUAAGCACAGCUUUGUCACUUCCCAUGAACGCAGAAGACUCGAAAGAUCCCCGACAAGACAUUAUCCACUGGUUCAACUACGAAAAGUGUACUCUUGACGAGUUCUAUCCAGCGAUCACAAUUGCAAAUCUAAUGAUUAUGAUGCAGGACGAGGACUCACAGAACUUUGCGGAAAUCGCUCAAGCCAUAGUGACAAUCUUCAGAAGUUUGGGAGAAAUGGCACCGUUGUACACAGAGCAAGUAGUACCGAGACUCAUAGAAGUGUGUCGGAAAACAACGGAACAGUCGAAUCAUGGCACUAACAGAGAGUUCUUCCUUCAACAAUUGGCAAUCUUUGUGGCAAUUAUAAAGAAGCAUGCGGCACCGUAUAUGCCAGCCAUCUUCACGAUCAUUGCUGACGCUUGGAAGGAAGAUAUCUCGGUGAAAAUGGUUGUGAUUCAAGUGCUGACCGAGAUGGGAACUGCGAUUGGAAACGAUUUCAGCAAGUAUACGGGAGAAUUGAUACCGUAUCUUUUGACUGUUCUUCAAACUGAUAAAACCAAAGAACGAGUGUUGACUGUGAAAGUGAUGGAAUCAAUUCGACCACUCACUUAUUGUAUUGUCCAGCAUCUUCAUCUAGUUCUCCCUCCGAUUCUUAUAAUCCUUGACGACAUUUCUUUGAAAUUAUCAAUUCGUCAAACAGCUCUGGAUACUGUGCUCCAUAUGACACAACAAGUCGAUGUAUCUGCUUAUGCUCCAAGAAUGAUGCAGAGUUGGCAUCACAAUAUCAAAGUUGCUGAAAUGAGAGACAAGUUGCUUCUAUUGCUCAUUGAGAUAAUCAAACAACUUGGAAAAUUCUUUGAUAUUUUCAAGCGAGGAGUCGAUCAGAAACUCCGUGAGCAUGCUCUGGACAAGAGUGUUCAUUACGAGACGUAUCGAAAAUUAGCUCAAAGAGCACAAAUGUCUCGCGACGUUAUCACAUCGUCCGUUUUCGCUGGAUCCAACGGAAAUUUGCAAUCAGCACAAGCGGCGAUUCGAGGAGAUCCUGGAAACAUUUACUUGAAUAAUGAGCUGCAUGAGAGACUUCUGAAUGGAUCAAUGGAUUCUGCAAACAGCCGACAUGUGAGUUUGACGAAUUUUGGUGAUUCCUACUCUCGAAAAGUUCCAGAAGAAACUCCAAAAGUGGCACCAACGACUGCUCGAUCAACAAGUGAACUUGUUACUAUCCAGAUCACAAAGCAACGUCUCAAUAAAGAUUUAGUGAUGUCUCAGUGGAAAAAUGAGCAUUUGACAUCGAAAGACGAGUGGUUACAAUGGCUGGUGAAGAUUCGUAUAGGAUUCUUGAAGGUAAAUUUGUUUUUGGAAGUCAGAUUUUUCUUAUCUGAUGGUUUUCAGAGUGGAAGUUCUCCAUCACUCCGUGCUGCUUCAUCCCUUGGAGAUCAAUAUCCUCAUCUGGCACGUGAUCUCUUCCCAGCAGCAUUCAUGUCCGUGUGGACUGAAUUAGAUUCUGAAGUUCAGAAGGAUCUUACCGCUUGUCUUCUUCGAGCAGUUAGCACUGGAAUUCCCGAACUGAUUCAAACGAUUUUGAAUCUGGCAGAGUUCAUGGAUCACUCUGAGAAAGGACCACUCCCCAUAACCCAUGAUGUUCUCGGAAUGUGGGCUGAACAGACGAAAGCGUUUGCGAAAGCAUGUAGAUAUAAGGAGAUGAGUGUGCUGAAGAGCUCUGAAACUGCACCGAUGACGUUCAGAAGAAAGAUCACACUGCGUCCAAAUGAUUGCCAAAGUCUUAUCACCUACGCUAACAAGUUGAAUGUUCAAGAAGAAGCUGCUGGAGUCGUUCGGUACGCUGAGAGAAACGACAUGAAUUUCCAACGACGUGGUCGUUGGUACGAGAAGUUGAAUGAGUGGGAGAAGGCGUUAGAUGCAUACAUGGAGGAAAAGAACUCGUGUACGAAUCUACAGAAUCUGGAUAAGAAUGACGUCGAAACGCCAGAAAAGGCAGCAGCCGCUGAAGAGGCUAAAAUGCAUGAGAUGAGAUGUUUGGAGGCGUUGGCACGAUGGGAUGAGUUGAACGCGAAAUCGGCAAUAUGGGCGGAGCAGAGAUCACAACGGAGUGAUUCGAUAAGAGAUGAGAUUAAUAAGAAGCAGUUGGAUCAUAAAAUGGCAGUCAUUGCGGCGAGAGGAGCAUGGGCUGUGGACAAUUGGGAACGAAUGGCUGAAUAUGUGUCGGUAAUAUCAGAGAAUACGCAAGAUGGAGCUAUGCUUCGAGCAGUUGUCGCUGUUCAUAAUGAUGAGAAUACAAAAGCGAUGGGAUUGAUCGAAAAAGUUCGCGAGAUGAUCGACAGUGAGCUGACAGCUAUGGCAAAUGAGAGCUACGAAAGAGCCUAUAUUCCAAUGGUUUCAGUUCAACAGAUGGCUGAAUUAGAGGAAGCUAUUGAGUACAAGACAAAAAUCUUUAAAAAAUAG